UGAUGGUCCCGGGAUUUAUCCCGUAAUUGGUGCGUCUAUUGCAAAUACUUCUCAAUUACCUGCUGAUAAAUUACUGCCCGGUCAAAUUGCCCGCAUCACAACUGGUGGUCCUGUGCCUCCUGGUGCUACUGCUGUAGUAAUGGUUGAAGACACUACCCUAAUACGUGCUUCUGCUGAUGGUCUUCAAGAGGAAUCCGUUGAAAUUCACGUUCAAGUUAAUGAUGGUGCCAACAUUAGAGAAAUUGGUUCUGAUACUAGCGUUGGUUCCAUUGUUGCGAGAAAGGGUGAACUUUUUUCGGCUGUAGGUGGGGAAAUCGGCGUUUUGGCCUCUGUGGGUGUAAAAGAAGUUUCUGUAUAUAGACGUCCAGUAAUCGGCGUUUUGUCUACCGGAAAUGAAGUUAUCGAUCACAAAAGUACUUCGGAAUUAAAAUAUGGUCAAAUUUUCGAUAGUAAUCGUCCUACUUUAUUUUCAAUUGCAAAAGCUACUGGUUUUGAAGUCAAGGAUUUUGGAAUCGUUGUUGAUGAUGCAAAAGAGUUAGAGAAAACGUUAAGCACAGCUUUAACACAGGUUGAUGUGCUAGUCUCAACUGGUGGUGUAUCUAUGGGCGAAUUAGAUUUAUUUAAACCUACUUUGGAAAAAUCUUUGGGUGCGACUAUCCAUUUCGGAAGAGUAAAAAUGAAGCCCGGAAAACCAACUACUUUUGCCACACUUCCAGGAACCUCUGGUGCUCCUGAAAAGUUAAUAUUUGGUUUGCCUGGAAAUCCUGUCUCUGCUACUGUUACUUUCUAUUUGUUCGUCUUACCUGCUCUUCGGAAAUUAGCUGGUUAUGAAAAUUGGAAUUCCCCUAUUUUACCUGCUGAGAUAUCACUUGAUCCUCGUCCUGAAUAUCAUCGAGCUGUGAUUUCAUUUGAUCACUCAAAAGGAAAAUUUAUGGCAAUUUCCACAGGACAUCAAAUUAGUAGCCGAAUGCUUAGUUUGAGAAGUUGUAAUGCUUUGUUAAAAUUACCAGAAAGAACUGAUCAAUGUAAAGAAUUAGAUAAAGGAUCUGUUGUGGAUGCUAUUUUGAUUGGGCAAUUGA